AUGAUAAAAUUUGACAUAGUUCCUUAUUAAAAGUUUAUUGAUGAUUAUAAUAAUAAAUUAAAAUAACCUUCCUGUCUUCCAAGGCAUAUGGUAGAAUUAUGUGGAGGAUGGACUCAAGAAACGUUUAAAUAAAUAAUUUAAAAAAUUACAAAAAAAAAUACAGCACCUCUUUAAUUAUGGUAUGAUAGUUGGUAAUCUAUGGAUGUAAUAUCGAUAAAAAAAGCUAGUUUAAAGGAAGUUUUUCGACUUUUAGAUUCUAGAAAUAUAGGAAGAAUCGAUAGUUGUGAAUUAUUUUCAGUUAUGCUUUUUAUUGCAAAAGGAGAUUUUGAUUUAGUUUUAUCUAAUAUUACUAUUAUCUUUGGAUUUAAAAACCCUUAGAAUUUAACUUCUGAUGAAUUUUUUUAUUUUUUAGAUAGUUUUUUUAGAGGAAUUAGUAAAACUUUAAUUCAAAAUAAUAGAAAUGAGCCAUAUGAUAUAAAUAAAAGAUUAUCAGCUGAAGAUAUAAAAGAAAUUGUUUAAAAAGUAUAUGGAAAUAAUAUUUCCUAUACAGGAGAUUAAUUUGCUUAACAAUAGAGUUUAAAUAAUAUAAAAAUUACUUAAGAAUUAGGUACUGAUGCCAAUAUCUUCUCUAUAUCUUAACCUCUAAAUGAUAUAUAAUCAUAUACUGUACUUGAUGGUUGA